CCGCCCGCCGCCACCAAAAAUUGUGCCGCAUCCACUACUCUUUUUCUCUGCACCCACGUCUUUCCCAGCGGACCCAGCAGCGCAACUGAGAGAAAAAAAACCUACAAACCUUCACCUCCCACACAAAUACCUUCUAUUCUCCGCCACACAUCACAUCCACAAUGGCCAAAGGUCUCCGUGCCAGCUCCACAAAAUCCAACCGCACCGCUCUGCGGUCGCGAGUUUUUGAGCCCGUCGAGAAUGCCCGUCUGGAGCGCCUCCACCAAAAGCUCCUCGAAGUCGCUCAACAGCCUAAGCCCGAGAACCCAAAGAAGAACGAGAUGGAGCUCGACGCCCCAGAAGGAUCCAACGACGCCGCCAGCAAUGAUGAUGACUUUCCAAAAGACAUGGACGUCGACGGUGCGACUACCGCUACCUCAUCUUCCUCCUCAAAGUCCAAGCAAAAGGACCGCAAAGCGAUGCGAAAAGCCAAAAAGCUCCGCCGUACCAAGCCCAAGAACGCUAUUCGAUUUCCUGUUACCCGCGGUAAAGGCGCUACGAAGCCCCAUUCGAAUGCUCGCGUUAGCAAGCGAUGAU